CUACCCCGGCUAGCGCUAGUCCGGCUUCCUGACGGUGUUCCUGGUUAAGAUGGCGUCCCCCUUGGCCGCGCAGGUCGGCAAACUUCUGCGAAACCCAGCGCUCCGGCCCCGGCUCCUGGCGGCCAGGUCCCAGGCAGUUCAGCUGACUUCCAGAAGAUGGCUGAACCUGCAGGAAUACCAGAGCAAGAAGCUGAUGUCUGAGCAUGGAGUGAGAGUUCAAAGAUUCUUUGUAGCUGACACUGCGAAUGAAGCUUUGGAGGCUGCUAAGAGACUAAAUGCAAAAGAAAUUGUUUUAAAAGCCCAGAUCUUAGCUGGAGGAAGAGGAAAAGGUGUCUUCAAUAGUGGUUUGAAAGGAGGUGUUCAUUUAACAAAAGACCCUAAUGUUGUGGGACAGCUGGCUAAACAGAUGAUUGGGUAUAAUCUAGCAACAAAACAAACUCCAAAAGAAGGUGUGAAAGUUAACAAGGUAAUGGUUGCUGAAGCCCUGGACAUUUCCAGAGAAACCUACUUGGCCAUUCUGAUGGAUCGGGCCUACAAUGGCCCUGUACUGGUGGGCAGCCCCCAAGGGGGCAUUGACAUUGAAGAGGUGGCGGCUUCCAGUCCAGAACUUAUCUUUAAGGAGCAGAUUGACAUUUUUGAAGGGAUAAAGGAUAGCCAGGCUCAGCGGAUGGCAGAAAAUCUGGGCUUUCUUGGGCCUUUGAAAAACCAGGCUGCAGAUCAAAUCAAGAAGCUGUAUAAUCUCUUCCUGAAAAUUGAUGCUACUCAGGUGGAAGUGAAUCCCUUUGGUGAAACUCCAGAAGGACAAGUUGUCUGUUUUGAUGCCAAGAUAAACUUUGAUGACAACGCUGAAUUUCGACAAAAGGAUAUAUUUGCUAUGGAUGACAAAUCAGAGAAUGAACCCAUUGAAAACGAAGCUGCCAGAUACGAUCUAAAGUACAUAGGACUGGAUGGGAACAUCGCCUGCUUUGUGAAUGGUGCAGGACUUGCCAUGGCUACUUGUGACAUUAUUUUCCUCAAUGGUGGGAAGCCAGCCAACUUCUUGGAUCUUGGAGGUGGUGUAAAGGAAGCUCAAGUAUAUCAUGCAUUCAAAUUGCUGACAUCUGAUCCUAAGGUUGAAGCCAUCCUUGUCAAUAUUUUUGGUGGUAUUGUCAACUGUGCCAUCAUUGCCAAUGGGAUCACUAAGGCCUGCCGUGAGCUUGAACUCAAGGUGCCUCUGGUAGUCCGACUUGAAGGAACCAAUGUCCAGGAAGCUCAGAAUAUCCUCAGUAACAGCGGACUCCCUAUUACCUCAGCGGUGGACCUAGAGGAUGCAGCCAAGAAAGUUGUGGCCAGCGUGGCAAAGAAGUGAUGCUUCAUCUUGGUCUCUGUGAAAAGGGAUGGUUCUCUCAUCACUGUGAAGAAAUAGUGAUCUCUCUGGGAAAAGGAGAGGGAACACACAAGAAUCACUGUAUGAAAAAUCUUAAAUCUGCAUUUCCUCAAAUAAGAUACCUAGACCUCCUAAAUCUUAAGUUCACUUAUACAGUCUUUAUCAAAAUAAUGUCUCACAGUUUCAUACUUUUGUCAUAGCAAGUCUGCUCAGUGGUCAGGACUAGCAACAUUGGAGAGUAGUCUAUAUAGCCAAAUAGUGUGUGUACGUACAGGAUUGGAAGCUAGGCCCUGGCUCAGUCACAAGAAAUUUGGUGGACACUUAAUCCUUUAUCAUAGGAAAAUCACAGGCCAUAAAAAAAAUACAUUAUAUUUAAUGUAUUAAUUACCAAAAGGGUACCGUUAAAGCAUUUGAGCAAGAAGCUGUUACACACAGAGCAGUUUCUACAAGUUCCUAAUUACAACACACUUAGAUGAUCCCUGAAUAUUCUAAAAUGUAUCUUACAGUGGAACUUUCACAUUAAUAUAUCAUGCAUGUAUUUUGCCAUUUGCCUUAAUACUGAAUAUACUAUUUACCUCACACUAAAUUUAAAGCCCAAAGCCUUAUAUGUGACUUUGAAGUACAAAGUUCCAUCUUAGUGUCAAAACUGAUGCAUACUGAUUGUUACGGAAAUCUCUGCAGUUGAGUUAUUACAUCUCAUGAGGAGAUAUCACUGAAGGAUCAGACUGUUCAGUCAGAAUCUUUUCUCUCCACAUAGUAGAAAGAUAGAAAAUGUGGCUUUUUUCCAUGAUACCCAUUUUUGUGGUGAUAUUUUUUAAAUUAUAUUUUUGUUUGAAUUUCAGUAAAUUUUAUCUGUAUACAAAUUUAAAUA